UUGGUUUCCGGUGUCUCAGCGAUGGCGACCAUGGACUCUCUGUCACUGUUCACUGGUCUCGGGCUUAGCGAACAGAAAGCCCACGAAACGCUCAAGAACUCGUCUCUAAGCGCGCAGCUGCGUGAGGCGGCGACUCAGGCGCAGCAGACUCUGGGCUGCACCAUCGACAAGGCUACCGGUACCUUGCUAUAUGGCUUGGCCUCCCGACUCAGGGAUUCCCGGCGUCUCCCUUUUCUAGUGGGCUACAUAGCCAGUAAGAAGAUCCACACCGAGCCCCAGCUGAGCGCUGCCCUUGAGUAUGUGAAGAGUCACCCUCUGGACCCCAUCGACAUUUUGGACUUUGAACGAGAAUGUGGUGUGGACGUUGUGGUGACCCCAGAACAGAUUGAGGAGGCAGUGGAGGCUGUCAUAAAUCGGCACCAGCCUCAGCUCCUACUGGAACGUUACCAUUUCAACAUGGGGCUGCUCAUGGGAGAGGCUCGGGCUGUUCUCAAGUGGGCUGAUGGCAAAAUGAUCAAGCAUGAAGUGGACAUGCAGGUCCUCCACCUUCUGGGUCCUAAGAUGGAGUCUGAUCUGGACAAGAAAUCCAAGGUAGUAAAGACUCGGCCAGAAGAAACAGACCGGAGGAAAGCAAAGGAUGUGGUAGAGAAUGGUGCGGCAGCUGGCCAGGCUCUGUCCCUGAUGGAGCAGCUCCGAGGAGAGGCACUCAAGUUCCACAGGCCUGGUGAAAACUACAAGACUCCAGGCUAUCUGACCACCCCACACACCAUGGAUCUGCUGAAGCAGCACCUGGAAAUCACUGGAGGCCAGGUGCGUACCCGGUUCCCGCCAGAGCCGAAUGGAAUCCUACACAUCGGACAUGCCAAAGCCAUCAAUUUCAACUUUGGCUAUGCCAAGGCCAAUGAUGGAAUUUGUUUUCUGCGCUAUGAUGAUACCAACCCUGAGAAGGAGGAAGCAAAGUUCUUCACUGCUAUCUAUGACAUGGUGGCCUGGCUGGGUUAUACACCUUACAAGGUGACGUAUGCCUCCGACUACUUUGACCAGCUAUAUACCUGGGCCGUGGAACUUAUCCGCAGGGGCCAGGCUUAUGUGUGCCACCAGCGAGGAGAGGAACUCAAAGGCCACAACCCGCUGCCCUCACCCUGGAGGGACCGUCCUGUGGAGGAGUCAUUGCUACUAUUUGAGGCAAUGCGCAAGGGCAAGUUUGCAGAGGGUGAGGCCACACUGCGGAUGAAGCUGGAAAUGGAAGAUGGCAAAAUGGAUCCUGUGGCCUAUCGAAUCAAGUAUACACCACAUCACCGCACAGGGGAUGCCUGGUGCAUCUACCCCACCUAUGACUACACGCACUGCCUCUGUGACUCCAUCGAGCAUAUCACUCACUCACUUUGCACCAAAGAAUUCCAGGCCCGACGCUCUUCCUACUUCUGGCUGUGCAACGCACUGGAUGUCUAUUGCCCUGUGCAGUGGGAGUACGGCCGCCUCAACCUACACUAUGCUGUUGUGUCUAAGAGGAAGAUCCUUCAGCUUGUGGCAGCUGGUGCUGUGCGGGACUGGGAUGACCCACGGCUCUUCACACUGACAGCCCUGCGGCGGCGAGGCUUCCCACCUGAAGCCAUCAACAAUUUUUGUGCCCGGGUGGGGGUGACAGUGGCACAGACUACAAUGGAACCACAUCUUUUAGAAGCCUGUGUGCGUGAUGUGCUGAAUGACACAGCCCCACGGGCCAUGGCUGUGUUGGAGCCACUACGGGUCAUCAUCACCAAUUUUCCUGCGGCCAUGUCUUUGGACAUCCAGGUGCCUAACUUCCCAGCUGAUGAGAGCAAGGGCUUCCACCAGGUUCCUUUUGCACCUGUCGUCUUCAUUGAGCAGACAGACUACAAGGAGGAGCCAGAACCAGGCUAUAAGCGCCUGGCGUGGGGCCAACCUGUGGGUUUGAGGCACACUGGCUAUGUCAUUGAGCUGCAGCAUGUUGUCAAGGGCCCCAGUGGCUGUGUGGAGAGCUUGGAGGUGAUCUGCAGACGGGCAGAUGCUGGAGAGAAGCCUAAGGCUUUUAUUCACUGGGUUUCCCAGCCACUGACAUGUGAGAUUCGCCUCUAUGAGCGACUAUUCCAGCAUAAGAACCCUGAGGAUCCUGAUGUGGUGCCUGGUGGAUUCUUAAGUGACCUGAACCCGACAUCGCUACAAGUGGUGGAUGCGGCGUUAGUGGACUGUUCUGUGGCCCUGGCAAAGCCCUUUGACAAAUUCCAAUUUGAGCGACUUGGGUACUUCUCUGUGGAUCCAGAUAGCCAUCAAGGACAGCUUGUCUUCAACCGGACUGUCACACUGAAGGAGGAUCCAGGGAAGGUGUGAGUGGGAGGUCCAGUGGACCUGGACCUACCUUAUCUUCCUGAGGCCUGACAGUACCCUCACUACCCCAGAGUCCAUGUCAAUAAAGAACGGCUAAAUCCUC